UAUGUGACGUCACUUCCUACAGCGGAACUGUCAAUAUUACCGCCAUGGCAGUGAGCGGAGUCGAAGCAGACGAGAACUUUGACAUAUUUUCAUGCACUUUUGUAUUGAUGGACGAAGUAAACUGGUAAACCUACAUAAUGAGGGGAUCGAGAGAGCUGAAUAAUAUGAGGGAUACCCCAAGCUUCAAAAUUAAGAAGGUCUUGGUUCUCUCAAAGUUGCGACAUUCCAGUGUCUCUGGACGAAAAAUUGUGGGGGCUGUUUCUGCAUCGUCGUCGUCUUCCAAGACAAAUAAGAAGGAGACAAAGAUAAAGGUCAAGGAUGACUCAAAGGACCAGUCAGUUGGACUAAAGCGUAAAGGAAGGCCACCAAAGCUCAAAGGGAAGUUAAAAGAUGAAGCUGACACAACUGACAAAGAUGGUGAGACAGGGCAUGGUGGUACAGUGAAAGAUAGCUCACAAUCAGGGAAAAAGGAAGCAGAUUGUGAACUCUCCAAAUCAGUGAACACACAGCCAUCCAGCUCUGGUUCUAAAAGACAAUUUGGAAAGAAAAGAUCUCAGUUAGUUGCCAAACCACAAAGGAAGCUGCGGAGCCAAAUUGGUGAAAUGCUAAUGAGGCAUGGAAAGAAGGUAUCAAAGGCUCCGAAACCAAAAAGGAAGAGAACUUUAAGUGCUGAUUUUGAACUCCUUGAUGAAAAGUCUCUCAAGAGGCAGCUGAAAGAAAAUAAUGAUACUGCAAGUGGAGCAGAAACUGAUCAAAAUGAUUCUGAUGCUUCCAAUUUGAUAGAUUCAGACAACGAAGUGGCAGUGACAGGAAAGAGAAGGAAAAAGUAUGGCGUUACAUCCACCAGUAUGAAAUCUCAAACGACAGUGUCCAUGGAUUCGAGUUGGACUGAUACUCCAUCUCCUCUGAUAACCUCUGGAAAGAAAUUGGUAAAGAAAUCCAAAGCUUCUGGAAAUUCACGUGAAUCCUCAGUUGAUGAAUCUGAUACAAGUAUUGUCAUCAAACGACAUGGAACUAAACAGACGACAUUCAGAAAACAAGCAGACAUUGCACUUCCUGACAGCUCAACAUCUGUUUCUGUUGCAUCUGGAGAUGAUGAAAAACCAAAGAAACGAGGAAGACCUCCGAAGAGAAAGCGUUUAGUGUCUCAAGAUUCACAGGUAAGUGAAUCUGGAGAAAUUGAUGAGAAUAUGGAGCAGCGGGGACAUCCUCAAAUGUCUAAAGGUGCUGCUCAUGCAAUUACUGACAUUAAAAUCUCCAAAGAAACAGUUAGUGUAAAGAAGCAACGGAUCUUGCGGAAUGAGGAAUGCCAAACUGAUCCCUAUACUUUUUCUGGUGUUGACUUUGAGGAGGAAGAUGACUCUGAAGUAAGUUUCAAACCAACUGGCAUGUCAGGUGAUGUGAAGCGAAAACCAGGCAGGCCCAAAAUUGGUGUACCCAGACAGCCUAUUGUGAAAUCUCUCAAAGUUAAAAAUACCCACAAGCUACUUAUAUCUGAUCAGAAACACAGGCCAUUCAGUAGAGUAAGAGGAGGAAGAAUAUUAAAAGCCUCUCAGAUGUAUAAGACAACUCGCAAAAGGACCAUUCAACAGUCUCAAGACAAACCAUCACUUUUGCUUGAAACCAAGAGGGUGAUUGACGAAGAAUCUGCAGGGCUGGAAACUGAUCCUGUUACAUGUGAGGAAGAGAGUAACCCACCAGUUAUCACACCUCUUAGAAUUGUGGUGUCUGAACAAGAUUCUAGAACAGGUUCUCCUUUGUCACCUGAAAUGCAGCAUCCAGACUUGCCAAUAAUUAAGGAUUUGAUCAGCCCUGCUCCCAGCAAUGAAGACCUUGAACCACCUGUUUUAGAACCAGCUACUUUUGAGGCUGGACUAAUAGCAAAAGAACAGGAUAAAGUACGCAAUUCUGUUUUGAAUGAUGAUAUUGACCCUGUAAUAGAGGAAAGUUGUCCUGGGGAUGGUGCUUUAGAUAGUUUAGAAUCCAUGGAUGGUGAUGUUAUGGUUUGUCGGGAAGAAAUAGUUCCAUUUGUUGCCACUGAUGAGGUGCAUGAUGCAGUACCAACACCAGUAAUUGAAAGCUUUGAUGUGAACCAUGGCAUCACACAGGAGACCUUGAGACCAUCUCAUGAAGAAUCAAGUGAAACAGGAGAAGCUGUUGAAGCAGUUCAAAGUGAUAUGCAUUUGUUGUCAAAUACAGAUAAAACUGAUAGUUUUGAAAAUGGGAUGACUGUAACUUCUAAGGAAGCUGAACCUCAGAAGGUCUCUGAACCUCAGAAGGUCUCUGAACCGGUCACUCAGCCCUGCCAGCCGGAUGUAGAUAAUGUGGACAAGAUGGAAAUAGACACCUCUGACCCUGUAAAGAUGGAAUCCUUGCAACAGCAAUCAAAAUCAACACGUGAGGAGGAGGAUUUAGAUGAAACAGUUAAGGCUUGUCUGCAGGCUGUUGUUAAUGAUAUUGUUAACACUGAUCAUGAAGAUUCUGAAAAAUGUGAUGAAUCAGAGGUAAUUAAAUCAGACACUGACAUUGGUUCUAAUGACCAAAUGGAUGCAGUGAGUGAUGCUGAUUCGAAGGAUAAAGAGCACAAAUGUGAACUAGGUGGCAUCAAAAUGAAGCUCAAACGACAUAAAGGUAAAUUUAAAGUCACACGUCUGAGUGAAGAAGACGAUAGCUUAAUAGCAGACAUUGGUUUGGAGGAUGGUGUUUCUAAUGUUGAUUCAAACAGUAAUGAAAACUGUGAAGAUAACUCAAAAGUUGAUGUUAUUGCACUUCUCAUGGAGCAUAUCCUGGAUGUAGUUGAAUGUGAUCUUGAUGGAUCCAAGGUCAACUCAGAUAAGGUAUCGGACAAGAAGCUUGAAAAAGAAAAUGAUGUUUUCACUGAAACAAAUGAAGUGGAAGAUGCAAGCUUUAGCUCAAACUCUGACGUAUCUCCCGUUGACUCAGAAAAGCGUGUACCACCUCUCACCAUCAGACUAAAGUCAGGUAAACCUGGUCGAAAACCAGUGAGGAAAUUUGAAUUGCGACCAAAGAUUUCCAGGUCACCUAUUGAGAUAAUUGCAAUGAGACAAAAACGCAUUGAGGAGGAAUAUGACAAAAAUGAAGCAACACGAUUGGCCAGGAAGAUUGAAAAGCAGAUUGGCAAAAGAAAAAAUCUAGCUAAAUCAGCUUUUAAGGAAAGCAACAUUGCAGAAGUGGGUAUCUCAAAUGUACAGAAAGCUGGAAACUUUGAAGAACUUAUGGAACUAUGCACACCGUGCUCAGUGAAACUUGUAGACUUUGUUAAACAGCUGAAUUUGCCAAAUCAGUCUGAAGAUGAGAGUCAGAGCGGUUCACAGCAAUCAGAUCUUGGUGUUAGUGGAGGCAUGGAGAUGUGUGGAGAUAUAUCCUCUCCACCUGCACCAGCUACAGUGAAGAAGAAAAGAAUGAUGAAAGGCAGAAAGAGUCAAUUCAAAUCUGGAAGACCUAGGGGUAGACCACCUAAAAAUAAAAAUAAGGAUGGUUUGACAGUUGCACAGCUUUUAAAAUUGAAACAGGACGACGGAACAAAUCCAGAGCUAGCUCAAGCAGAGAAAAAGGUGGAGGAACUUGAUGAAGUUGGCUUUGUUGGAAGUUUUGUUGAAUUUUUGAAGUCAAAGAAGAAAGAAAAGCCAAAGUCUGCCAAAGGCACAGAUGCUGCCAAGUCAUCCAGAAAGACUAAUAACAAAGCAGAAGAGAGCAUAACAAAACUGACCCAAGCUGCUGCCCCAGUUGCUCCAGUAGUGACUGCCCCAACUGUACCAGAAAGUGUUAGACUGAAGCAUUUAUCUGGUGAUAGAAAGCCAGGUGUGAAGUAUGUUUGUAACAAGUGUGAAUUUUCCUCUGCUGUUCAGAAGACAAUGGAAUUUCAUGUCUACAGUCAUAUACCUGGUUUGUCAUUUAAGUGUGGGUAUUGUAAUAAGAUUUUUGCCUCUAUGGUUGGAGCCUCAGCACAUUCAAAGAAUGAACAUCAUGGAAAAGAGUCAAAGAUAAUCAAAAGUAAAGACUUGAUUGAAAGUGACUUAUAUCAUGUGAUAGAAGAGGCACCAAAAGUGCCAGUCGAAACAAGUCUGCUGAAGCCUGUUGAUCCAGGAUCAGUGAGUGGAGCAACAUCUGGACCAGUCAUCAUAUCUUUCCUUGUGGACAGCAAGUCAUUGAAGUCUCCCAAUGCAAAGCGUUUUAUGUGUACCCACUGUGACUAUUCUACAGAUAUCCUGGAGGAUGUGCAGCAACAUUCAAAGGAUUUGCAUUCAGUUGAAAAUCUGUAUGCAUGUAUCUUGUGUGCAGAUGCUUACUUCAACUCUGAAGAAACGGUUAUGAGUCACAACCAAACAACACAUCCUUCAAGGCCCCAGUCAUAUAGAAAAUUACCAAAUUUCUAUGAUGUAGAACAGAUGAAGGUGGCAGAUAAAUCACAGCUGGAGGACAGAGGUAAUAUUUUUGACAGAAUGAACAAUUUGUUCUCCACAACCAAUGUAGGUGAUGAUUCUAACAGUGAAAACCCACGGAAAGCUCAUUAUCAAAGAGCCAGGGACUUCCUGUAUGUCCAAGAAGGGUGGAAAAACAAAACAUCUGCAGAAGCUGACAGUACAACGACAGUUGAAAAUGAAACUCUAUCAAAUACAAUGGACAGUGAUUCUGUGUGUAACCUUGGUGACAGUCAACCAGUUACAGUGGAAAGUGAAGCCAAAGGUGCAACUACUGUUGAUCAACAGUCGGCAGAAAAACUCAGCAACAUUACCACUGACACAACAGACAUCAAGACUCAGGAGAAAGAACUUUCAGAGAAAGAGGCUUGCAAUGAGAAAGCAAAUAUUCCAGAAGCAAAACCUUCCUCUAUUGAUACAAAGGCUGCCACUGAACGUAAUGGGAAAAGCCUGAAAGAUUCAUCCUCAGUGGUUGAUACUGUUCCAUCUUUGGAGAAACAGAAAGAUGCUGUGGAUCAAGGAAAUACAGGUGCAGAGGAAAAUGCCAUGGUAACAGAUAUAAGUGAUGACACUAACCAUGAUGACUCUGGUGUGUCGAGCUUAAAAAUUGUUGAUGUUGUCAGUUUGCGUGAUCAGAACCCUGAACCAGCUGUUGAGCCUCAAAAGAAAAAGAUGCCAACCCGAAACACCAGUCAGACAUCUCGUGGAGCCAACAACCUGCCUGAGGUUGAUGUUGAUGCUUUGGUUUUGAGGAAUGAGCGAAUAACUUGCACAUACAAGUGUAUGAAAUGUAACAUCCAUUCUCCCUAUCUGUCUGCAAUGGUGGAGCAUUUGAAAAAUUAUCACAGUGAAAUUGCACUGUUCACAUGCCCUUAUUGCAAAAGCUUUAAUUCACAAAAGCCAGAGUUCACUACUGAGGUAAAUGUCCAUGAACAUGUGAAAAAAGUGCAUCCUUCUAACUGUGCAAAGAAUGAAGUGUCUCUUUCUGACACUGCCAAGACAUUUGUUCAGGUGCUUGCGAUUCCAUCUGGUGUGGAGUGCAACAAGGUAGGCAAUACAUUUGUUAUUGAGAAAGACAUAUACAUGUGUUUGAAGUGUCAGGCACACAUGCCAUCACUGGACUACACAUUUGGACAUCUAGAGAGGGAACAUCCUGAUGCCUUUGUUCAAGUGUGUCCAUUGUGUAAGACUUUCAAAGACAAAUCAGAUGAAGUUGUGUUUGCCCACAUCAUGAAAGAACACAACCAAGAUCCAAAUGACCAUCCAUUGUCUGUGGCUAUUGAAGAUAAUUUGUUUUUGAGAAUACCAUCUAUUUCAAAAAGUGGUGCUUACAAUGAUAAAGUAAAUGCUAACAAAGGUGCUAAACCUGAUACAAAUAGGAAAAUAGCUCCAAAACCUUCCAUAAGUGUAUUGACUGAUGAAUCUGAAGAUGAUGUUUUAGUUGUGGGAGAAAGUAGAAACCCUACCAGACCAUCUGCAAUCAGGUCAACAGGGCAAUCACCAAAGAGAGGUCGACCCCCACUGAUAUCUCAAGAUGUUGGAGGAAUUCCUGCGCCAAAGCUAACUCUAAGAUUCCCAAGAUUUCCAACACCGGUUCAACCGGAACACUCUCAGCCAAAAGGUGUUAUGUUGGCCAACACACGGUUCUCAUCCUCUAAAGCAAAAGGUUCUUCAAAGCCAAGUCCUGAUCAAGCUCAGGAGCUGGUGAUGGACUGUGAAAGUGUUGAUGACCCUGUGAACACUAAUGUAAAUGUUGUGGAAGAAGAUGGUGAUAUUGUAGUUCCAGCAGUGUCAACAUCUGCAAUCAGUAGCCCUGCUAGUCUUAUUGACUCCUCAAAUGUCAUAUCCCACUCGGCAGCUGUUGCAGUGGCCUCAUCAGUUGUGUCUGUGGACACAACAGUACGUGUCUCAACAGUUACUACUGCAUCUGUCACCCAAACCACCACUGCCCCAGUCACAGCAAAUAAACAAAUAGUUGCAAACACAGCACCCCCACCUCCACCUCCACUCAAAAGAUUUGGUGUGCCUAUUCUCCCCAAAACUACAGCAUCACAGCAAGCUGAGGGACACAUUGCAAAGACACAUGUUUCCUCUACACCAACACAACAAACAGCAUCUGUGUCUUUAGCAGACAGACCAUUGGUGGCAGAAAAGAUUAAAGAACUACAGAUAUGCAGACCCAAGUCUUCACUGUUCUCUAUGACGGAUAAACUUCAUAGGCUUCAUAUGAGAGCUGCAGAAAGAGAAAGAGAAAAGGAAAAAGCUGCACUACUGGAAAGAAAUAGUCCUCUGAAUGCUCGAAGUAGUCCCCUUAAUCCAAGAAGUAGUCCACAGUCCACUCGGGAGGCUCUGCUUCGGUCCACAAGUAGUCCUUUAACAAGCAGAAGUAGUCCUAUGUUGAAUACUAGUCAAGCAUCAUUAUCUGCAUCCAGACCUGUUCUGAAGGUACCAAGCUAUUCAAGUAUGCCAAGGCCUCAACCACCUCCAAGACCUAGUUCUGCUGCUCCUAUGAUUUCAUCUAUGAAUGCUAAUAUCCAGCAUAGUCAAUCUCAAGCAGCACAAGCCCAUCGAAAGUCCCUAUUAUUCAGAAAUUGUCCUCUUGACUUGUCAAGAACUCCGUCUCCUGCUCAGACACACUUAUCAUCAACACCCCCACAGUCAAAAACUGUAUCUGAUGAUCUUCCUCCCGAUGCUUUCAAAAUAUUUAACUUAAAACCAGACUCAAAGCGACUGAAACCAAGUCCACAAUCAACUCCUAAUACUUCUGUAAGGGCACCAGUUAAACAAGUCCUUGGAAACACCAUCCCAAACAUUGUUGGCACCUUGGCUGCUCCAGGAACUCUCUUGCAACAGGUACAGGCCCUUCCCUAUACCCAGCUAGCACAAAUGCAGAUGGCUGGUGUUCCAUUGAACCCUUUACAGUUACAAGGUUUGUGCAUUCCGGGAAUAAACACUGGUAACUCUUUUGUGCUUGCACAGUUACCACAGCAUCAAGGUACAAGACUUAAUGUUCCCCCUCAACAGCUACCUCAGAUGCAUUCCCAAUCACCUGUGAACACAUCAUCUCUAUCUGUCCCUGGUUCUCAACCACCAAGACCAUCAAGUGCAAAGACUGUAGCUCAGGCUUUAGCAGAGAGGUCACAUGGAGCCAGACACCCUGUCCCCAUUGCUAGCCACCCAAGAUCUAAACAGAGCACUCCAGCUCGAUCAGUUAUGCCAGUGAAAAAAACUAGUCAUUCAAGGAUAUCACACCAAGGUUUCUGUUGCCCUUACUGUCCACAAUUUAGACCGUUACAAGAUUUUGAGGUUACCCCUCAUAUUGAGCGAUGCCACCCAGGAAAAGAUGUCAUGUUUGUCAAAGUGCCAUGAAAGGAUAACCUUUGCAUACAUCUAUGAACAAGUGCUAAUGUACUGCAGACAUGUUUAAACAUACUUUAUGCAGUGAAUGUAUUCACUGCCAAUAUACAUUAUUGAGAUGUGGUAUGCAUUAUGUUGAUGACAUUCCUGUCAUUUAAUGGUAGUUUCCUCCCACUUGAAUGACUUAACCUGAAUGACAAGAUUUAACAUGCAUUCAUGUAUUUAUUGCCUGUUAAAAUCAGGCCUUAUAUAUAAUUUCUCCGCAUCAGUAUUCAUGUUUGUAUUCAUUACAGUAUAAUGCAUAUUUUAUCAUAUGCUGCAUGCUUAAAUUCAUAUCAUAAAUGGAAUGUUUUCUUGUCUUAAUUCCAAGGCUAAAUUAAAUCUCAGAUGGUUGAGAAGCAAAGCCCAUAAGGAUUAUCAUUUUAAUGUUCAGUAUUUAUGAAACGUGUACAGAAUAAAUAUUUUCAACCAUUUGUUUGAAUGCAUGGUCUGAAUGUGUGUGUCAGGGUUGUGUGUUUUUUAUAUCUCUUCAUAUGUUGGCAUAGUUUAAGGUACCUUAUGUUUAAUAUUUUGCUCAAAUCAAACUUAAGGUUUGAUUGAUCCUAAGUUCUAGAGCAUUUUUGUUGUGUUACACUCAACGUCUCCAUAAGCAUGAGACCUAUUAUCAUCAUUUCAAAUGAUCUGAAUUUUUGAUGUUGUACAUUUCUGGAACAUUUUAGUGAACCACAGAGCCUGUGGCUUCAUCUUUUUAUUUUGUUGAUAAGUUUUAGUAAAAUGCCAACAUGUAAAACUUCACAUUAUUAAUGCCAAAUAAUUUAUUUCUUUUGAGGUAAGGUAAUAAUUUACAGUACAUUUGCAAUGUAUUAUUGCCUUCCAAGGGAUUUAUGAUUGGUGCUGGUUGGACAUCGCUGUAUGGAUCAUGUUCAAGUUGUACUUAUAAACUAAGGAAAAGUUAUUUGGAAAAUGAAGAAUCAUUUUCAUUAUAAUUCCAGUACAAGUGGAUGGUUAUGUUUCAUUAGGUUAAACAACUUGCAGUUUUUGUUUCCCCAGCUGUAACAAGUAUGUAUUUUACCAUCAAUAAAAGCUAUAACCCAAGAAGAGUUCAACUUCAAAUGCAAAAGACAGAAAAGAACACCAUAAAAUUGUCUGUGAAAUGUCUUCUUUAAUUUUUUUAUUCUCCUUUAAAGAAAUAAUUCAGUUACGCAAAUCAAAAUAUUCAUACCUAUUAUAUCAUUCUUUUUGAUUAGAUCUUUGAAUAUAUCAGCAAAUAUUUAGGCUUAUACAGUCUCUAUGGUCUCUAUACUCAUACUUCACCACAUAUUCAUAGCUUGCCGAUUUGACUGAUAUCAUACAGUCCAACCCAUCAUAUUUCUCUGAUAUGCAGUGACGAAAAGUCAAACGACAUGGAAUAUGUCUUGUAUGUCAGAGACAAUUGUUUUGAUAUGUUUUGUUUCAUGACUAAACUUCAUCAUGUAACAGGAAUAAAGGUGCUAAGCCGCGCACUCUCAAGGGUCUUAAAACGCCUUGACAAUUAAUUUAUAGUUUUUUUCGUAGUCAUUAGUUUGGUCCAUUAUUGUAUAUUGCUGAGUCGGCAACAUACACAGAUUUGUAGCAUGAUAAGUACAGCUGCACCAUACGUAGACACAGCUUUUUGUUGAUUCUGUGCUGUAAAUAUGUGUAACCAAGAUGUGCUGGGUGUCAGAAGUAAGGUCAUAAGCCAGAAGAUACCUUAUCUAGAGUUUAGGGUUGCACCUCACUGCCACUGUGAACUCCACAUUAUCAUUGUUCAUGCUACCCUAAUGUUUAACAGCACUCAAGUACUGUAAUCAUACUGCCCCACUUAAUUUUUGUGAAGUGAUUUUUAGUUUGGUGUAUAUACAUUAAUAUGUAAAAUUAAUAUUGAAUGUGAGGUUGUAUAUACCAGUAACAUGUUAUAAGUAAUUGAUUUGAUUGAUCAUGGAAUAUGGCUUUUUGUUAUCACAUGGUAUAACACCUGAUUAUGACAACCUGUAAAAUAUGUGUGUCCAACUUAAGUUAUGAAACAGGGAAGCUUAAUACCAUGUGAUAUCAAUUAGCAUGGAUGCAUUGUAUAUUGGAGUGUACUAUAACUAUUCUAAAAUCACAAACACAAAUACACAUGUUAAAAUAAACUGAACACUAGAGACAAUUUUCUUUUGCAUGAUCCCUCGAGCAUAACAUGUAAAAGUGGAUGGGGAGCAGUCACCAUGUGCAUUAGAAGCAUUCACCGUCAUUUAUGUGUAACAGGCACUGUCGGCAUACUGAUCUGUAACAAAUGUAGAUACAAUAGUACCGAGCAUUAAUGUCAAAACAUGAGGGUGUCGGAAGGUAUGAGGAUAGAAAGGAAAUGUAACAUUUCUUGAUAAACGACGUAGUAUGCAAGUUGGUUAUGAACAAUUGUUAGCUUUUGAAUUUGCAAAAUUAUUUUGAAUAAAAUAUUCUUUGACAUUG